UUUGAGCCUCGGCCAUGCUCCCCGCCUGAACUCGCUUAACUUCGGAGUUCUAAUGGAAUCCGAAGCCAAUGAGUCCCCAAAAGGGCUCGUGCUAUAAGAUGUGGGCAUGUACAUAUAAGGUACAUCACCCUCUCUCCGUUGAUCGAUGUAGGAUGUUAUACAAAUUGUAAGAAAAGAGAUUCUUCUUGUCUCCUACUAUCCCCAUGAUAUUCAAAUAGUAAGUCAUCAUCAUCUUGUAUAUAUUAAGAAAAUGCUGCGGAAGGAUGGUAAAUCCCUAGACUUGUACAUUCAGCUGCAAAACUUCUCUCUUCUCCGACAGAAAAAAAUGGCUGCGACCAAUUGCCAUGCGUGCUCCAAGAACUUCCCCUCAUCAAAACAUCCUCUUUAUCUCCAAUUUGAUGAGCAGCUGUGCAGAUUGAGGUUUUCCGAAGCCAGCUCUUCAUCCUCAAUUUUUACACAAAAACUUGCUCGCGUUAAUGGAUUUGUAUAUAUGAUUGUAGUAUUGUAUCAAUGGGUGGAUCUCUUAGGUUUUUGGAUAAAUGUAGCAUUGCCAAAAAAUGAGCCCGCAAGUGAGGUUAAGAAAUUCUUGACAACGAGGAAGGUAAUGAAAAAGGUCAUUUGGAAAAUCUUAGGAUAUUUGAAGGGUGUUUCUCCCUUGAAUAAACAGAAUGAGGCUGAGCGGCAAGCAAAGAAGAAAAUAAUGCAAAUGAAUUUGCAAAAGUGUAUGCCAUUGAACUCAUUUGUUGGUCACAAGUCUGAUGAAAUUAUUGAGAAUGUGCAAGAGCAUCUGCAAAAUUUGGAGUCCUGCAUACAAGAUCUAGAAGAGUUACUGGAACACGUUUCAAUACGUUUGAUCAGAAUUAGAGUUUCCGUUCCCAACAUCCUCAACCACAAGAUUAGAAAUUUGAUUAGUACUAGAUGAUUCAUCCAAAUUUCUAUUGGUUCAU